AUGGCGCGCAAGAAGAAGAGCGCACAAGCUGACGCGGCGCUCAACGGCAGCGCCUCGUCGACGCCGCCACCCGCAGUCAACGGCCCUGGCGGUGCAGCGAAGAAGGCGGCAAAUGAGGCCUCGACGUCUGCGCUCAUCAUCUGUCGCAACAAGCAUUGGCGCUACAUCUCGUCAUUCCAUGGGCCUUGGUUGCAGCUGCCGCCCGAAGUACUGGAGUCGCUCGCCCAUAGCAACUACCUCUCGCCGCGCCCCCAUCCCAUUGACCCCGCCGUCUUCUAUGAUCUGGUCAAGAUCCGCCGUGCAGUAGAUGAGGCCACGACGCUCGCUGUGCGCGCCACAUCUGGCCUGACGUCGGCUGCCCUCAGCAACAGCCACAAUGCGGGCAACAGUAUGCUUGGGAGUGCAGCCGCCCUGGGCAUAGGCUAUGGCGGAGGCGGCACCGCCAAGCUGAGUAGAGAGCGCAGACACCGCAUGCGCGAACUGGCGACGACCAAGUUGAGUCAGGCCUAUCAUCUGGACGAGAUUGCGGCGAGCGUGGCCACCAUGCAGAGCGCAAGUACCCUGGAGGAUGUUGCGCAGCUGGUCCUGCAGCGGGAACCAAACAAUGUGGAUGCCAAGUACGUACACUUCUUCCACGAGAAGAUUCCGAGUCGCAUGAUGGCCCAGUGUACGCCGCUUGAUACCCUCAACGACAUCAUCAGCGAGCGGCCCAACCAUGGCAGCCCCUUGCGAACCCGUGCGCUAACAAGGAUAUUCAAAGAGGACUAUGUCAACUCGGCCAAGGACCUGAGUGAGGCUUUGAGCAUCGCGAGAUAUAUCAUAGCCCAACACCGUGCCGGCAAGGAUCAGUUGGUGCUGGCCAAGACGCUGCAAGAACAGCACGGCAGAGACUGGAGGCAAGAAGUCAGGAUCCCCGACGAAGACCAGCCCAACUCGCUCGAAACCCAACUUCUCUUCCACCGUGCAGGCGUAUACUUCACCAUAGCAUGCGGACACGUCCACGCUGCCUUGGACGGACUACAAGAGGCGGAAGAAGCAAAGGCGCGCCGAGAUGCUCAGAUUGCACAAGGCAAGGAGCCAGACCCGAUUACCCCUGAAGAAGCGCAGGGCAACCAUCUCCGUCUGGAAGCCCGCAAACAAGUCCGCCAAAAUGCCAAACGCGCCCUUCGAGACUAUGUCGGCUUUCUCUCUCACUUCGAUUACACGCCCGGUAUUUCCGCCGACCUCGCUGAGGAGUUCCUACGCAGGCUCGGUAACACGGCCAACGGGGGCACAAAUGGCUAUGGCACCAAUGACAAGAUCAAGCCUAAUAUGAAUCGCCUCAUCGAGCAGACCAACGGUGCCGCGUCGCCCAUUUCAGAAGCUCUGAUCCCCCAUCGCGGUCCAACCAAGAACAACUCAGAUCGUGCAUCAUGGCCCAAACUGCCGCCACCAGACAUCUUCAAAGUAUCCCAACUCUUCGACGCCGCACCACCAGCUUCAUUACCUCCCUACCCAGCGCCCCGGCCCUCACCAUCCGCAGACUCCACAGCUUCAGCAGCAGCGACGGCCUUUGCAGAUAGUCAUGAAAACAUAACCUACCACCCGCUCAUCACCGAUGCCCUACAUUCUCUCCUCCUCUGCCAUGCGCUCAUCCAGACUCCACCCAAAGAACUCCUCCGCCAUGCCCACAACGCCGCCCGCCUAGCCCGCGUCUGUGACGGCUACCCCAUCUUCCUCGCCGCGCGCUCUCCUGCUCGUGCAGACUGGAUCGAAGUGCUCCGCCGUGCUGGAAACUGGAUCGGUCUAGGCACCUCAUGGGAGAACCUGUGCCGUCCCGCGCCCCUCCCCGGUCAUAACACCAAACCAGGGACCGACAUGUCCGGCAAGAACGGGACACCCGGCAACGGCGCCGGCGAAACCGAAGCCCAAAAGCGCGAACGUCAAAAGCACGAAGCCAUCCUCGAAGCCCUCGCCGACGAACGCGUUGUAGACGAAGAGUCCUUCCAACGCGCCGUCCGCGCCCGCGAACGCCGCAACCGCGAAGACGAGGAGGCGGAGAAGAAGCGCCAGUUGGAUGUCGAUGACGAUGGAUACCCUGCUAGUCCGCAGCCUACGCCUCCCAAACGCUGGGCCCAGGACGACGGUCGUGAAUACCCGAUUUCUACGGAACGAGCAGAGGCAAUCAGUAGGUGGGUGAGAGAUGCUCCUCCCGUUGGUGAGACAAGCGGUACCAAGAAGAAGAGGACCAAGGGGAAGGGGAAGGGGAAGGGGAAGAAACCGUCUUCUUCGACUUCUGCGCCAUAUCUCAGGCCUAGCGCGGGUCUGACGGAGAGCGUGGAGGCGUUGGGUGUCCAUGAUGAGGAGAUUGAUGAUUGA